AACUCCCAUGAGAUGAACCCAGCGGUAAUGUGAAAAUACGUAACUGCUUACUAACGUUAGCGAGCACUAAGCCAAAUGCAGAUAAAUGUGAGAAACCUUGUAAAGGUACACAUACCCGCGAGGAUGUCUGUCGUCUUUCGAUGCGUUCUAUUCAGUCGUCUUUCCACAUUUAAAAGAAUAACAGGUUUGACACAGGUCAUCAGACUUGGGCAUAUUGCGCCUCUUCCACAGCGGAAGACACCCGGCAGCAGCACAGUAAUAACACGGGCAGCGAACAGUGUAAUUACUAUGGCUAGAAGGGUAGACAAGAUCAGUUCUUGUUGUCCAAGGUGUCUGUCAAGUAAAGCUUCAGCUCAAGAUGGAAAAGCUCGCGUGAAGAGAGUUUCUAUCGAAGGCAACAUUGCUGUUGGAAAGUCCACGUUUGCCAGACUCUUGCAGUCAGCCUGUCCAGACUGGGAGGUGAUGGCAGAACCUGUCAGCAAGUGGCAGAACAUUGAGAGUGGGACCUCGAGGGGGACAGAUGCAUCCUCACAGACGGUCAGCAACCUGCUGCAGAUGAUGUACCAGGACCCUCUGCGCUGGUCGUACACAUUUCAGACAUACUCGUGUAUGAGCCGACUGAGAACGCAGCUGCAGCCUCCUCCAGCUCGCUUGCUCAACUCAGAGGGAUCACCUGUCCAGGUGUAUGAGCGCUCGGUGUACAGCGACAGAUACAUCUUUGCUCUCAAUAUGUUUGAGCUGGGUUGCAUCAACUCUACAGAGUGGGCAGUCUACCAGGACUGGCACUCUCUCCUGGUGGAGCAGUUUGGACACCAGGUGGAGCUCGAGGGCAUCAUUUACCUCAGUGCCCCACCAAAGAAAUGCAUGGAGCGUCUGGAGCAGCGAGGAAGGCCAGAGGAGAAGGGCGUAAAACUGGACUAUCUAGAAAAACUUCACAUUCAGCAUGAGAGGUGGCUUAUUAAGAAAAGCACUGAAAUACAUUUUGAAAAGUUGAAACAGAUACCCGUUUUACAACUGGAUGCCGGUGUGGAGUUUCAGACCGACCGAGAGGUGCAGGAGCAAUUUAUUACAAUGGUGAAGAACUUCUUCAGUGCCUUAUAAGAAGACUGUUGUCAACUACCACCAACAGUCAGAAUCCAAUGAGACCACUCAGACCUCACGCAGACAAGUGUGUUAACUGACAUAUAAUGGCAUAUUAGCCUCUCAGGGUGAAGAAAAUCUAAAGUAGCAUAAAAGGUUUUCUCUUUUUUGAUGAGCUGCAGUGUCUCCAGAACAUGAAACACAGAGUGAGUUCUGUCAAUAUAUGAAUGUGCUACUUGUUACAAGACUUUUAAAUUGUUACAGUUUUUGUUGUUUGCGUGUCACUGGUUAGUUACAUUUACUUCUUUUACUGUACUGUUUAUUCAACUUAAUCUUAACUCUUUCUUUCCCUCUAAAAAUUCACAUAUCCAAGUUACUGAAUCACAUCUCAGUUAAAUGUAGAUGUUAUAAACUUGAAUCUCUGACAUCACUACUUUGACCAUUAAGAAAUAAAGUUUACAAAAGAUCAGUUUUGUGCAUGAUACUGUAUAACACAUUCCUGACUGACCACAAAAGAUAGUGUAAUUGUUUUGUUU